AUGGAUUGGCUGGAAGAUAAAGCCCUGGGGUGGAUUCAUGCACCACCAACCAACAAAAUCGAUACUCAUCAUCACUUCGUGCCAUCAUUCUAUGCCGAAGCUGUUAAAAAGGCAGGAGGUAAGAAGGAAAUUGAUCCUCUUCCUUGCGGUUACUCAUACCCUCACAGGAGACCCCAGCGGCUGGCCCACACCAUAUUGGACACCCAGAAGAAGCAAACUGAUUAUGAAACGACUGGGCGUCAAGACUGCCGUUUUAUCCGUCACAGCCCCCGGUCCUUGUAUCCUCAAGGGCCAAGAAUCAUUCAACUUGCGCGCAAAUUGAACGACUAUGCCGCUGAGCUGCGCGACAAAAAUCCUGCGAACUUCGGCUUCUUCGCCUCCUUACCCGACAUCUUGAACAUAGACGCAGCUCUUUCAAAAAUCGCAUACAGCCUUGAUACAUUGCAUGCCGAUGGAGUCACUAUAUUCACUCGCUACGGUGACAAUCAUACAUAUCUCGGCGACGCCUCCCUCGAGCCAAUCUGGGCUGAACUGGACCGCCGAAAGGCCAUUGUCUUUGUUCACCCUACUCAUCCUGUUGAUACAACGAUGGUCAAUCCGAAAUUACCACAGCCUGCAUUGGAUUACCCGCACGAGACUACCCGGGCAGCGAUGGAUAUGAUGUUGUCAGGUACCAAGUCGAAGUAUCCAAAUUGCAAGGUCAUUUUGUCGCACGCCGGUGGAACACUGCCAUACUUGGUGAGCCGGGUGGCCACUCCAAUGCGCAAGGCUCCUGAUUUCGCGACUCAGUAUCGCAUGGGAACUACUCAUGACAGGAUUAUGGAGGAUUUUAGAAGCUUCUAUUAUGAUUUCGCUCUCUCCACUGCGCCGCAUGUGCUUGAUGUGGCGUUGAAGAGUGAUUUUCCGUACGCCCCCAUCACGGCAUACCCUGCUUUCUUGGAGGGCCUGGAGAACUAUGAGAUGGACGGGGAUUUACGAGAUAGAAUCAAUUAUGGCAACGCUGCAUCUCUGAUUCCACGACUGCGGCAAGAUAUUUCUGAGAGACCGUGA